AGUGCCACUUCAAAUGAUGUUGCUGUGACAUAUCUAAAGAGAAAAAUAGCAAAUAUGAAUGGGUUAAUGGGGGAUGGAGAGUGUUUUCAUAUGAGGUGUUCAGCUCACAUUUUGAACUUGGUGGUAAAUGAGGGUUUGAAAGAUAAACAUUUAUUUGUAACUAGUGUUAGAGAUGCUGUUAGAUUUGUUAAGUCCUCACCUCAUAGGGCAGCCAAGUUUAAAGAAUGCAUUGAAUUUGCUGGAAUAACUUGCAAAAAAUUAGUAUGUCUUGAUGUUUCAACUCGUUGGAACACGACAUAUUUAAUGCUAGAGGCUGCGGAGAAGUUUCAACUCGCUUUUGAAAAGCUUGAGGAUGAAGAGUCGAGCUAUAGGGAGUUCUUUGGAAAAGGUAAUCCCCCUAGUAAUGAUGAUUGGGACAUUGCUAGGGCUUUUAGCGCUUUCCUAAAUUUAUUCUAUGAAGCAACUAAGACUUUUUCCACCUCUCAAAAUGUGAGUUUGCAUACUUGUUUUCACCAAGUGUCUGCCAUUUAUUGUGAGUUAAAGCAAGCCACUUUGAACUUAAAUGAUUUUUUUGCAAGUGUGGGUGGAGAUAUGAUGGAAAAAUAUAAUAGAUAUUGGGGAAGUCCUGAUAAGAUGAACAAGAUGAUAUAUUUUGGUAUUAUUCUUGAUCCAAGAUACAAGUUGAGUUACAUUGAGUGGGCGUUUAAGGACAUGUAUGGAGUUGGAUCAAAGUUUGGUAGUGACUUGGUAAAAUCUAUAAAAGAGAAUUUACAAAAGUUGUAUGAUUGGUAUAAGCAAGCUUAUGACCAAGAGCAUAAUUCCAUACAGCCUCUUGGUAGUGGUGGAAAUAAUGUCUCCAAUGAUGAAACAAAUGCAUAUGUUGCCCGUUCAUCACUUAUGGCUAGAGCCGAUGCUUUUGAGCAACAUUUAGAGGAGCAAGACUCGAUUGAUCAACAAAAUGAGCUUGAGGUGUAUAAUUCUAGUAAGUGUGUCAAAAGGGAUCCUAACUUUGACAUUCUUGUGUGGUGGAAACGUAAUUCAAUCGAAUAUCCUAUUUUAUCUACAAUGGCUAAAGAUAUUUUAGCCACACCAGUGUCUACUGUUGCUUCUGAAAGUGCUUUUAGCACAGGAGGGAGAGUCAUAGAAACCUAUAAGAGUUCUCUAACUGCUGAAAUGGCCGAGGCUUUAAUUUGCACCCAGAAUUGGUUAAGGCCUUCUUUUACCUAUUUUAAAGAUAUGAAUCUCAUGGAAGAUUUUGAGCUUUCAGAAGAUAUUGUAACAGAGUUUCAACAAAUGUCUUUAGCAGCAAAAGGAGUAUCAGGUGUCUCAUCAUCACAGUCUCAGCCACAACCUUCGGGUUGUGCUUGAAAUGGAUGUCAACUAUGUUUUUUGAUUUUUUGGAGUCAUGCAUGAUUUUUUGUUGAUGGUCAACUAUGAUUUUUGAUUUUUUGGAGUCAUGCAUGACCUAUAUAUAUGAGUUUUUGACAAAGAAUAA